ACUUCACCAGCUUUCCAUGGCGAGCCGUUGGUCCGUCGCCGGUCUGAAACGGUGGGUCCCACAUUCGGGCGCGUGGAGGCAGAUGUCAUCACUGCGCUCUCCGUCUUCGCCUGUAGCCGAGCUCAAGAGCAAGAUUUUCAAGCUCAAAAAUCCGGAGCUGUCCGCAACCGCCGUGGUUCAGGAUUGGGUCGAUCAAGGCCACAAGGUCUCCGUCGCCGAACUCCGCCGCAUUUCCAUCCAGCUCUUGAAAUCUCAGCGCUUCGGCCACGCUCUUCAGGUCCUAAAAUGCAUGCAAACUCAAAGCAAUUUCCGAAUGUCGCCGGUGGAUCAUGUCAUAAGGUUAAAAUCAAUCAUCAAAGUAAAUGGAAUGCUGGAAGGUGAAGAGUAUUUUGAGCAUUUGACUGAUACGGCAUCUCGAAAAGCAGCUUGUGUUGCUCUUCUGCAUGGUUAUGUUGUGGAAAGGGACACUGAAAAGGCUGAGGCUCUGAUGCAGAAGCUCGGUGGGAUGGGGCUGGUAGUGAGCCCUCAUUUGUAUAAUGAGAUGAUGAAGUUGUAUAUGGCCACGGCGCAGUUUGGGAAGGUACCGCUUGUUAUACAGCAAAUGCGGAGUAACAGGAUACCUUUAACUGCUCUUUCGUAUAAUCUUUGUAUGAAUGCGUGUGCAGAGCUAUCUGGGGUUGCUUCGGUUGAGAUGGUUUAUAGAGAAAUGGUGAGUGAUGAGAAUGUUCAGGUUGGAUGGAGCACGUUGUCUACUUUGGCCGGUAUUUAUAUGAAAGCAGGCCUUGUUGACAAAGCCAGAUUGGCUUUGAGAAAUGCUGAAGAGAAGCUGUCUAAUAGAAAUCGCCUUGGUUAUUUCUUCCUCAUUACACAGUAUACGUCGUUAGAGAGUAAAGAGGAUGUUCUGCGACUUUGGAGAGCUAGUAAGAGAGUAGCUGGGAGAAUUCCAAGUACCAAUUACAUGCAUAUAUUGUUGUGCUUGGUGAAGCUAGGCGAUAUUAUAGAAGCCGAGAGGAUUUUUAGGGAAUGGGAGUCCGUUUGCUUUAGGUAUGAUGUUCGAGUUUCCAAUGUCCUUCUAGGUGCAUACAUGCGGAAUGGGAUGGUGGAAAAAGCCGAGUCAUUACAUCAGCACACAUUGGAUAGAGGCGGUUGCCCAAAUUAUAAGACAUGGGAGAUUCUUAUGGAAGGAAGGCUGAAAAACCAAAACAUGGACGAAGCAGUUGAAGCAAUGAAACAAGGAUUCGCAAUGUUGCAAGACUGUCAUUGGAGGCCAUCAGAUGAUAAUGUUAUGGCCUUUGCUGAUUAUUUUGAAAGGCAAGGAAAAUUUGAGGAUGCAAAUUGGUAUAUAAGAGUAAUCCAUAACUUUGGUUUUGCAAGUUUGCCAUUAUACAAAUCAUUGCUAAGAAUGCACCAUUCUGCUCAGAGGUCAGCUUCUCACAUCCUCAAGAUGAUGGAGAAGGACAGAAUUAAGAUGGAUGAGGAGACUUCUGCUCUUGUCCAUGCUCUCAAUGUCUGUGUAUAAUAAUUAUAAUCCUACUUCAUGGUAGUAAUCUCAAAGGGGACAGUUUACCCCUCCGAUUGUUUCUAUGUGGACCAAAGACUCGAAAGAAAGUGGAAUCAUUCAUAAAAA